AUGGCGAGUGAAGAGAAAGAGGGCAGCCUAAAUUUUUCAGUCGCUCAAGCUAUCGAUAAUUCUGCCUCAUUAGAAAUUGAUCAACCUACAGAAAGUACUAUGUCAUCAGGAAAGAAGGUAGAUAAGAAUUCUGAAGUAUUCUUUUUCAAGGGGAGACUGAUUUGUGGUCCGGAUCCAAAAGGGCUGAUUUUAUCUGCCAUUGCUAUUAGUCUAUCAAGUUGGACAUUUGCGGUUCAUGUUGCAAGUGACAUAAGGAAUCCGGCCAUCAUCGUAACAUCUUCAAUUUUGACAACAAUUGUUAGAUUGCCCUCAAUGCAGGUUCUUGUGAACUUGGUAUUUGUCAGUACCAUUGAUCCUGGUAUAAUUCCUAGAAACGAUCAGUGUUCAUCAGUUGAAUUGGGAACAAUUGAUGCUGGUAAACGCAGAAGGAGAUCAAGGGCAGUUGUCAUAAAUGGGAUAGAGGUGAAGUUGAAGUAUUGUAACAUUUGUAACAUUUAUCGUCCACCAAGAACUUGUCAUUGUGCAACUUGUAACAAUUGCAUCCAACAAUUCGAUCACCAUUGCACCUGGAUCGGGCAUUGUGUGGGACUGAGGAAUUAUCGGCUUCAUGUAACGUUUCUAUUGACAGGAUUGCUCUUGUUUGCCUUCAUAUUUAUCUUCUCAUGCAAACCACUACAUCACAAAUUGCCCGGAGAUGGAAAUGGGUUGAUUGGAUUGCUAAGAAAUGACCCGGAGACAGUGGCAUUGACAUUAUUCAGUUUUGUAGCCAUGUGCUUUCUUGCUGGCUUUUCUUGUUAUCAUGUUUAUCUAAUUGCUAUAAACCAGACAUCUUAUGAGCAUUUUCACCAAAAGUAUGUGAGCUCUGGAAACCCCUAUGACAAAGGAAUCCUAAACAACAUUAAGGAGGCUCUACUUGCUUCACAACCACCCUCUAGAGUCAACUUUCGAGCAGAUGUGGAGCCUGGAUGGUUUGGUGGAUUAAGUGAUAUUAGCAUCAAAUGA